AUGGCAGUUUCUACGGUUUCGAUUGGUUUCGAUAUCGAAAUGGCUGAUAGAAAUAAUAAAAACGCAUGCGCAUUAUGCAUAAUUUAGUCCAACUAAAUCACUGAUUAGAAAUUAACGAGUGAUAAAAUGCCAGCCUACGAAAUGCCAUUGUUGCUUCGUGCCAUGAGCAAGCCGGAUACUGUGGCAACAUUAAAACGAGUUGCUACUGCAAUAUUUAAUCGUGGUGGUGUUAUUCGAAAAAUUGAUAAUCUUGGUCAACAACCAACACCAUACAAAAUGAGUGCUCAUACUAGAGUUAAUACUGAAGCUGGAUAUUUUAUAAUACAUUUUGAUGCACCACCAAGAAAACUUGAAGAUAUGAUGGAAGAAUGUGGACGUGAUAUUGAUAUUAUUAGAAAUAGAAUUUAUAAAAAAGAACUUGAACCAUCACCACCAUGUACUUUCCAUGAAGAAAUGCUUCCUCCAGCAUACAGACCACAAGUACAAGAGUUAGUGGAAAACUCAAAAAUCUUCAGAAAAAACAAAUAUACUUAUGUUUUUAAACAAAAUUCUGGAUUAGAUUAUUAUCCAUUCCAGAGAUAAAUAAACAUUUAUUUUGUAUUUUAAUUAAUUAUUAGAUAUCUAAUAGAGUAAAUAAAAAAAAAAAUUCUCUUAUGUACUAAUGUAUUUUUAUUAUUCAUCGCUAAAUACAUUUUGAAAAGGCAGAGUUAUUUGUUUGUUAAAAAAACAACAAACAAACAUGAAGAAAAAACAUAAUAUUUUGUACAAAAAAUACUUAAUUGUUGAUGUUUUAACAUAAUAUAAAUUUUAACGAUGAUAAAUUAAUUGUUAAAUCAAUUUUUAUGAAUUGGAAUUAUAUAUUCAUAAAAAAUUAUAAAAAAAACAUUUUUCGAUUUCAAUAAUUAUACAUAACAUUAAUUAAUUUUCAAUUCGAAAUUUUGUGCAAGAAAUAGAUUAAAUCUUAUCAAAUAAUUUGGCAAUUAUAUUUUUUUGUUUUGUAAUUGUUUAAUUGUUUUUUUUUUAUACUUAAUAUACUUAAAUGGACCCUGAUUAUUAAAUGGAAUAAUAAGUAAUUGUCUUUUCAAAAAUGCAUCACGUUGUUUAUGACAAAAAAAGAAAAAAAAAAAACAAUAAUCUCUUAAGCAAGAUUGAAGGAAUAUUAAAUGUAUUUUUUAUAUAUUUUUUUUGUUUAAAUUAAUUGAUAAUAUCAAUUUUACAUGUGUCGUGUAUUGCCAAAAUUAAUACCACUUUGAUUGGCACCUUUGUUGCUUCCAUAUUGAAGACUAAUAA